GCGUCGGCGAGCCGGUCAUUCUCGUCGCGGCGACCUCCAUGCACAGUGGCAAGGUGACGCCACGGAACGAGCCGUCGGGCUUUGACACGGUCGACCUCGGGCUACCGCCGGCCUUGCGCCCGUCGACCGACUCGGGCAACCUACCGGCGCCGCCCGCGCUCAAGUCGAUCCUUCUCGCGCCGUUCACGUGGCUGCGCGCGUCGUCGUCCAAGACGCUCUCGGGUCGCGUCGCGCCCGACCGCCUCUCGAGCCGCAAGAGCAUCGCGAGCCAGCACUCGUCGCAGUUGAUGCGCUGGGACUUUGACGCAGGCCUCGAGACCAACCAUUUGCGGCAAAUGGAUAACCUCCAGACCAUCUUUGGCAUCGUCGGGGCCUACGCCGCCCUCGACGUCUCGUUCGACGCGCUCAACCUCUUUAUGAACGACGUCAAGCUCGGGUACGUCGAGGCACCGGACCUGCCGUUCCACCGCUACUACCACAACUUUACCCACGCCAUGGACGUCACCCAGACGCUCUUUGCGAUGCUGCACUUUAUCGAGCCAUUGGACCCGAUCCUCGGGCCGGUCGAGAAAGCCAUCACGCUCAUUGCCGCGCUUGGUCACGACAUCCACCACCCCGGCGUCACCAACCACUACAUCGUCGUCGCCAAGCAUGCGUAUGCACUCGAAUAUGGCGACGGGUCGGCCUCGGCGCUCGCCACGACCAGCGUCAAGGUCUGGGGCGUGCUCGAGCGCAUGCAUGCCGCCGAGACGCGGCGACUCGUGACCAAACACCGGCUCCUGGGCCAGUUCCGGCCAACGACCCAAGUGCAGCUCGAGAAGCUCUUGAUGGCGUGCAUUCUCAAUACCGACAUGGCGCAGCACGAUGGCUUACUCAAGCAUAUGCAGUCGCUCGUACACGCCCGACAGAGUCCGUUAUGCGCCGACGACACGCGCGUGCUCUGCUCGUUCUUUUUGCAUUGCGCCGACUUGAGUAAUGCGGCCAAGCCAUGGAAGACUGCCGAGCGCUGGGCGUCCCUCAUCACCCAAGAGUUUUUCGAGCAAGGCCAAGCCGAGAAGCGACGCGGCAUGCCGGUCUCGCCCAACUGCGACGCAACCACGACCAUGGUGCCGGAGCUCCAAAUCAAAUUCAUCAACUUUGCGGUCCUCCCGUGCUUUACAAUUCUGCAAGCGCUCUUUCCAUUGGCGGCCGAGACGGUGACGCACGCCUUGACCAACAUCCGUCACUGGGAAGCCAAGCGGGAAGACGAGCUCACCCUCGAGCAGCGCGUCAUCAUUCGAGCGAUCGCAGUCGAGACCAACCUAACGGCUGAGUGGACGAAAAUGCAAGAGCAAAAGGACUCGGGCGACGCGUCGCUUCAUCGCCGCGAGUACGUCUGGGCCAAGCGGCUUUGCUACCACCCGGCGUACCUUGUGUCGUUGGCACUGGUCUCCAUCUACCUCGUGAUCGAGCCCAGCGUGCGCGAGAUGGCCACGUCCCACGCCGCCGACAUGGCCCUCAAUGCAUUCUUGCUCACUUUGCUUGUGGUCGUGCUGGCCGAUAUGACGCUAACCGCGCUCGCCGACCACAUGUAUUGUGGCAGCUUUUUCAGCUUUUUGGACAUCGCAACUGCGAUUUCCAUUGUGCUUGAAGUGUGCAAUUAUGGGCCGCACGCGACCUACAACAUUUGCUUUGGAAUCGUCUUGCCCGAAUUGCUGCAGCCGCGGAUUGUGCGCGUCGCAAGAGUCCUCCGCGCGGUCCACGCCGUGCCGCUGCUUCUCUUCCGCCUCUUUGCCCAUGCACCGCCGUCGACACCGUCCGUUGCUGCGUCCGAGACAGCGUCCGACGUCGACGACGACCGAUCGACACCGAUGGCGUUCUCGCGGCGGGACAUUGCCCGGCUCUUUACACGGCUUGCGUCACGGACGUCCGAUGUGGUCCGGCCCGCGGCGAUCGAGCGGCUCGUCGCCGAGGCGUACAACGGGAUCGACGUGCCGCCCCACGCAGCCCGCAAUGUGCUUGCGUACUUCACGCCGUCGCAUGCGAGCAAGUCGUCGUUCGUCGAGUUUGCCCAUGCGCGGUCCGCGCCCCGCAUCGGCAUUUCACGCGGGUCGUUUGCUCGUGGCAUUCGCCAUAUGGAGCUCAAGCACGACGGCGCCCCCGACUUGUUUAUGGAUGCGGCGCCGCGGCCCGCGGCCGAGCGCAUGGUUGGCCGGGAACUCAGCGACAUUGUCAUCAAGCGUAUUCUGGUGUUGGUGCUCUUGGUUUUGAUUGUGGUGCCGCCGCUGAUCUGGGAAGCUGACGCUGACCGAGACGUCUACUCGUACAGCCUCGAGAGUCUGCAUGCGAGUGCCUUGACCAACGCGUCCGCGUCGGUGCUCCAGGCCGACUUGGCGUUGUUCGUGACGACCUUGACGCCGAUAUUUCUUCAGCUGUACAACGUCUCGGCGGCAACGAUCGAGUCGUCGACCAACGGUGUGCUUGCGACCAACGAUGCAACCUUGCUGGCGCAGUAUCGGUACGACCAGCUCGAGAGCGUCCAAGUCUUUGGCUGCGACCCGUCUUUGCUCGUCACGACCCUCUCGACGCGCACUGCAUCGCCCGGCGAGUGUCUCUCGACUGCGCUCUUUGACGUGACGGCAUCCCGCGUGCAGUCGGCGCAAUGGAGCGCGCUGAGCACGCUGCUCUGCUUUCUCUGCGUCAUGGUGUCGGUGCUGUACCUCGACUACGAGACCUAUACCACUGUGAUCCACCCGAUCGAGAGCAUGCUUCAUGUCGUCCAGCGUCUCGCAAUCAACCCGCUUCGUUCGAUUCCAUGCUUGGCCGGCGAAGCUUCAAAUGAGAUCUUACUGCUCCAGAACACACUGGCGAAAAUCGCGUCUUUGAUUCAAAUUGGGUUUGGCGAAGCCGGCGCCGAGAUUCUCUCGGGCAACAUGCUCGAAGGCGACCUCAACCCGAUGGCCGAAGGCAAAAAGGUCUAUGCGAUCUUUGGCUUUUGCAGCAUCCGGGACUUUGCCGAUGCGACCGAGAAGCUCAAGGAAGAGAUCAUGACGUUCACAAACCUCAUUGGUGAUGUCGUCCACCGGCACGUCCACGCGCUCAACGGCCAUGCCAACAAGAACAUUGGCCAAGCCUUUCUAUUGGUGUGGAAGGUGCCCGCGACGUCGAUCGAAUAUGCUCUUGUCAACGGCAAUCAAACACCGCAGCACAUGUCGCCCAAGAAGAACUCGUUACUGACCGUCAUGGAGAGCGACAACAUGCGGCAGCGCGGCAAGCUCACGAUCGCCGACAAGGCGCUCAUCUCGUUCUUGAAAGUCCAGCUCGAAAUGCACGAUGCCGAGUCGCUCAAGGCCUAUGCCCAUGUUUUGCCCAAGGACCAUCCAAUGGGGUUUGGGUUGCACGUGGGCUGGGCCAUUGAGGGCGCGAUCGGGUCGCGCUACAAGAUUGACGCAUCGUACUUGAGCCCGGACGUCAACAUGUCGUCGCGUCUCGAAGGGGCGACCAAGCAGUUUGGCGUCACGCUGCUCGUGUCCCAUACCUUUCACAAACUGCUUUCGGCGCCGGUCCAAGCCAUGUGCCGACUGAUUGACUGCGUGACGGUCAAGGGCAGCGAGAAGCCGCUCUCGCUCUACACGUUUGACAUCUACGACGACCUUGGCGCCCACGCAACGAACGCGCUCAGCUGCGUUGACGACCUCCAGAAGCUCCAAGCGCGCAUGCCGGUUGAGUUUCGCAUUGCGUUCGACUCGGGUGUCGCCAAGUAUUUGGAAGGCAACUGGCCAGAAGCGACGCUGCAGAUUGAACACGCGCUCUGUUUUGCGCCGACCGAUGGACCGUCGAAAGCGCUGCUGCGGGUCAUGGCCGAGCACCACGGCCAAGCGCCGAGUGCCUGGCAGGGCUACCGCGCCUUGACCGAAAAAUAGGUCGAGAAAUCAAGAUAGAAUGCAACAUUAGAUCGCACUCGACAUCGA